GUUUCCUUUUGAUACGCAGUUUCAUUAAAAAAUCUCUUAUCUUCUCUCCUCUCUUCCCCUCCACACCACACAGUUGUUACUUGUUCCUCUUUUGUUGUUUACAUCUCUCGAUUUCUGUCUCAAAAUACUUUCUCUUCAUCUAUAUUUUUGCUAGGCUACUCUCAGAAGGUAGAUUCAAGUGUUCUUGAUCUAUUAAACCAAGAAUCAAGAACUGUGAUGAAGAUACAGUGUGAUGUGUGUGAGAAUGCUCCUGCGACGGUGAUAUGUUGCGCCGACGAAGCAGCUCUGUGUCCUAAAUGCGACGUGGAGAUUCACGCAGCUAACAAACUCGCCAGCAAGCACCAACGCCUCCAUCUCAACUCUCUCUCCACCAAGUUCCCUCGUUGCGACAUCUGUCAAGAGAAGGCAGCUUUCAUUUUCUGUGUGGAGGAUAGAGCUCUGCUUUGCAGGGACUGUGAUGAAUCUAUCCACGUGGCUAACUCUAGAUCUGCAAAUCACCAGAGGUUCUUAGCCACUGGGAUCAAAGUGGCUCUGAGCUCAAGUAGUUGCAGUAAAGAAACAGACAAGAAUCAUCAGUCCGAGCCUUCCAACAACCAACAGAAAGCUAAGGAGAUCCCAAGCCAGCAACAGCCUUCUUCUGCUUCUCCUCUUCCUUGGGCUGUUGAUGAUUUCUUCCACUUCUCUGAUCCUGAGUUCACCGAUAAGCAGAAAGGACAGCUUGAUCUUGGGGAGUUGGAGUGGUUUUCAGACAUGGGUUUCUUCAGUGAUCAGAUUAAUCAGGAGACUCUUCCUGCAGCUCAAGUUCCGGAGCUUUCUGUUGCGCAUUUAGGUCAUGUUCAUUCGUACAGACCAAUGAAGUCCAGCGUGUCAUACAAGAAGCCGAGGUUAGAGAUCAGAGUUGAUGAUGAGGAUGAUGAAGAAGAGCAUUUCAUUGUCCCUGAUCUAGGCUAAAAGAUAUUAUAUGUAAGCUAUGUGUAGUAGACAUUCCUAGAAACCUAUCUGCAUUAAGGAGAAUGAUGCGUGGAGUCAAAUGUCAUAUCUUUUAGUUUCGUCUAUAAGUUGAGUAAGCUAUGUCUGAGAGAGCUUAUUACACACACACUUCGUUUUUGUUUGUUUGUCCGAAUCUAUGUUAGAUGUUUGUGUUUGAGUUUGUUCAUAUACCUCUUGAACAUGGUAUUUGCUUUAUCUUUGGUAUUACAAACUCGAAUAAACUUAAAUAAAAGGAAUAUCCUUAAUUUC